AUGCGGAUUACUUUCCCUAGGCUUGCUCGCUACCUGGAGCCAGGCACUCCCACCGGCUUGACAGGACUAUGGACUCAUUCCACCCCUCGAUCGACUCUUCUCUACCUCUACACGAGCACGCUGAACAAGCUGCAAUCGAUACCCGAGAAAUCGCUCUACCGCCAAUCCGUGGAAGCUGUCACGAAACACCGCAUGGGACUCGUCGAGAAAUUGACCCCCCCAGGCUACGACGAGUGGGUGACGAAAGCGCAGGAGCUGGUCAGGAAAAACCCCGAGCAGUUUCGAGUGACGAGCGGCCGAGUCGACGGCAGCGAGGCGAAGACGGUCAAACUAGGCAACCGAGUCUUUGUCGUGGGCGCCAGGCACGAGGCGGGGGAUGUUCGCUACGAAGAGUGGGACGGGGAGGCCGACGAGGGCGCUGAACUGGAGGGCAUCCGGACGGCCGCCGAGAGGAGCGACCAGGCCAUGUGGGCUGAACGGAAUCCGCUGGAGCAUCACGAGAAAAUCGAAUGGGAAGACGAGCCCCAAUUGACCGCUGAUCAGGUGCAUGAACUCGAGCAAGCGAUCGGAGCGGGAUUGAUCGAGGAAGUCAUCGAGGUGGCUGAGGGCGAGCUUCGCAUCAUCGAUACCAUGGAGAAAGCUCGAAUCUGGGAGGAUCUCGAGGAACAGCCGGUGGACGGCCAGUGGGAGUACUUUGACAGAAAGUCCAUGUGA